GUUGAAGAAUUUUUCUAUAAUACUCAUCCGUUUAGUGAUUUAACAUUAAUUGUUCAAGCUACAGCUAGUAAAAUAUUUCAAUCUUAUUUACAAGACAAUUUGGACACAAUUGAAAUUCUCGAUGUUACACCUAAUGAAACAAUUGAAAUGUUAAAAUUUUUAUAUCCACAAUUUGAAUGUACAAUUAACAAUGACAAUGUUACCGUUCUUCUCAUCUUAUCUCAACGUUUUGAAUUAGAAUUAAUGCAUUCAGCAUGUCGUACAUUUAUUUUACUUUAUUUAUCUAAAUUAGAGCAUAUUGAUUUGUAUGAUACCGUUGAUGGUAAUAAGUUUAAUGAACUAAUUGAAUUAGAUGAUGGUUGUCGAUUAUCAGUGGGAUAUAUUCUUGGUGUUUUGACAACAUGGUUUAGAGAAUUUUAUUUUUCUAAAUUUUAUCUGCUUUCUAGAUAUCGGUCUUUAUGGAGAAAAACUAUAAUUCAUGUAUUUUUCUCCACGUAG